CUUCCAUUUUUGUCCAGCUUGGCCUCGUUAUUUUAAGCUUUCUCUCUCCCUCACGCCCUAACCUCAUGCAACGGCCUCUCUCUCUCUCUCUCUCCAUCAAAAACCCACGACUCUUGUACAAAACUGAAAUUCAGACUCCAUUUUUCUCUUUUCUGGGUUUCGUCCGUCAAUUCUAAACAACAUUUCGUUGCUAAAAUCUCUACGUGAAACUGCAAUUCUCAACAAACAAACAGUUGGACCAUUUUUUUUCUUUAUUUUUAAGUUUCCAUACGAGAAGCCAGCGAUAUACCGUUUAAUGAAAGAUUGUGAAAGGCAGAUUAGAUCAAUGUGGGAUCACGGACGGUCAUGAAUUGCAUCUCCUCUGCGUGGUUGUGAUUUUGUGCGUAUAAUUUCACACGGAUUUCGCUGAUUGCUUUUUGCAGUGAAGAUAGAGAAAUUUGGGUAAAUGAAGCAAUAACACAAUUGUAUAGUACAGAACAUUUUUUCAUUAUUAAUGGCAAUCUAGUUGUCAUCAUGAAAAUAAGCAUUGAAUGCUGUGGAGUUGCAGGAAGAAGACCAAUUUUGGGGUUGAUUUAGUGCAUAGGAGUAUUAUAUGGUCCAAUUGGAGAAGCAUUUGCACAAGUGAUGUAAGGAUUUUGAAAAGUUUUAAGCAAAAAAGGGUUGGCAAUUUGGUGAAUGUUCAUAUGCUUACAUUAGUUGAGAUUUCUUUGAUACCAUGACAAGGGAGACUCCUGAUAACUCAGGCCAGCAUUUCUAUGGAGAUAUGACCAAGGUUUUCUCUGGUAAUGGAGCUGCUGAGGAUAGAAAUGUAAAUAAUAUUUGUGCACAGACAGGUGAGGAAUUUUCUACCGAGUUUUUACGUGAUCGUAUUGCUCUAAGAAGGGUGGCUGAUCAAAACCAGCUAACACAAGUAGUGUCUAAUUAUAACCAGAAACAUCAGGUGUUUUAUGAGGAUCUUUCCAGCAUUCAUGAGAGUCAUAGAAAAGGCUCCGAAUAUAAUGCCUUGGAUUUUGUUCCCAGGACAGGAUAUGCUGUUGAAGUAGAGAGCAGGGUAUAUCCUGAUCAUAUAAGCAGAUGUCAAUGGGAAUAUAAUUCCAGUGGACAAAACCCUUGUAAAUAUACUAGUGAACUGAAUUCUGGUCAAGUUAAUAUGGGCUCAACAACUCCCCAUAAAUACGUGGUGGAGUCCCCUCUGUCAUAUCAUCCUUAUGGAACAGCAGUUUUGGAAAGUGCUUUCUGUGGAAAAAUGAAAUUUUUAUGCAGCUUUGGGGGCAGGAUAUUACCAAGGCCAAGUGAUGGAAAGCUUCGGUAUGUGGGAGGAGAGACGCGAAUUAUAUCCAUCCGGAAAAAUGUAACGUGGGAUGAACUUGCAAAGAAAACUUUCGCGAUUUGCAAUCAAUCUCACACGAUUAAGUACCAGCUCCCUGGUGAGGAUCUCGAUGCCCUUAUUUCUGUUUGUUCUAAUGAAGAUCUACAUCAUAUGAUAGAAGAAUAUCAAGAGAUAGAAAGGAAUGGAGGCUCACAAAGACUGCGAAUAUUUCUCAUUUCUUCUAGUGAAUCUGAUAGCCCAAAUUCAUUUGAGGGAAGGACUCCACAGCAGAGUGAUUGUGACUACCAAUAUGUUUUUGCUGUCAAUGGCAUGCCGGAUCAAGAGAGCUCCAGUGGACAAGGUUUGGCAAGCCAACCAAUCCACUUGCGAAAUGCUUCAGAUUAUGGUCCUACUUUUCAUCAAGACUCUCCUACAUCCAUUUUUGCAUUAGUUAAGAAGGAUUGUAGUCCAAAUUCCCCCAUUGUGAUGGGAACAUUUUCAAAUCCUGCUGCUCAGUUUCUCACUACACUCCAGAUUCCAGGCACAUCCUUCAGUCUAUCUCCUCCUAUAUCUCCAGUUCCAAUUCAGCACAAAGAUCACAAGAAUUCUAACAUACAAUUUUAUGUUGAUCAAUCUUGUACGGAGGGUAAUGAGAGCAUUAAUACUUUUGCCUUGGACAAAAUUCCAUUUGACAAUGCCUGUCAUCCCCAUGCCUCUGCAUAUUAUAAUAAAAUUUCUCAAGGACCAUUGACAUUAAUGAAUUACCAUCAUCAUCACCAAUACUUGACAGAAACUGACCAGAGUAACAAACCAUCGGAAGUGCAUUUUCACAAUGGUAGCCCAAGUGGAGAUUUUCUGUCACAUCAACUACAUGUUCAAAGUUAUAUGAAUUCAGAGAGACCCAAGCUUAAGGAAAGGGCACUUUCCGACUCACGAUUGCAAGAACAUGAUGAAGGGUCAAAAUACUACUGUGAAAAGGCAGUUAACUCUCUGUGCAUGUGGAAUGAUGGAAGGGAAAAAUCACCUUCUCUGGCAAUGUCAAAUUCCUCACAAGAGCCAAUGAUGUGGGAAGGUUUAACGAGUGAGAAACACCAAGCAGCUGAACAUGAGAAUCAGUGCAGCUUUAACACAAUGAAGAAUACUGACUUGAACCAAGUGUUGUUGAAGAGGGCGGACAGGACGGUAACUUGCUCUAGUGAAAGCAGACAAUGUGCAGGAAACAUUUCGAAUGAUAAUUCCAUUGAGUAUAAGGACUUACAAAGCUCAGACAACUUUCUAAGCAUUCAUCGCCACCAACAAGAUUCAAAAGAAUCUGGAAGAAUGGUUUGUAUCACUCGAGUUAAUGCUUUGGAAUAUUCUGUAGAUAAUAUAAGGGAGCAUCCCCAGGGUUGCCAAUCAGGCAAGACUAAACCUGCACCUGACUUCCUUUUCAAGAACCAAAAUGUGAUCAACGAUCAGCAGUGUACUAUAGCAGAGAGAAAAAGUGAUCAACAGACUCCUGGUGCACAUCAUGGAUAUCACCAUCCUCCAUAUCUAAGAUCAAGCAACCAAAAACCUGAAGUCCAGAGUUCUGCAUUUCCAAACGUAUCCAAGACUGCUGCUUCAAGUAAAUUGUUUUCUUUCUAUGAUGAAGACCCUUUGAAUUAUCCUGACCACAAGGUUGAAAUCGUAAGCAUCAACAGAAAACCAUACGAGGGACCAAAGAUUAGAGAUGCUCCACAGCGCUUAGAUGAUCAUCACGAGAAUAAGGUGUUGGAAUCAGUUGUAAUUGUUGAAGAUGUUACUGGCACAACAACUCCAGAUAUCCCCUUUUCUUCAAGAGUCUUCCCACAGAUAGAAGAAGAGGCCACUGAUGAAUUCCCAUCUCAUAGAGAUGCUGUGACAGAAAGCACAGCACAAGGAUCUGUAUCUGAGGCUGAUGGCAGAGAUAAUGAUGAAUCUAUUGGUGAUGCUGCAAUGGCUGAAAUAGAAGCAGGCAUCUAUGGUUUGCAGAUUAUAAGGAAUGCUGACAUAGAAGAAUUGCAAGAGUUAGGAUCUGGUACAUUUGGAACUGUUUUUUAUGGGAAGUGGAGGGGUACUGAUGUUGCUAUUAAGAGGAUCAAAAAGAGUUGUUUUGCUGGCAGAUCAUCAGAGCAAGAGCGGCUGACUAAAGAUUUCUGGAGAGAGGCGCGGAUCCUAUCGAAUCUUCACCAUCCAAAUGUUGUUGCAUUUUAUGGUGUAGUCCCUGAUGGGCCUGGAGGAACAAUGGCAACUGUAACCGAGUAUAUGGUUAAUGGAUCAUUGAGGCAUGUCUUGCAAAAAAAGGACAAAGCACUUGAUCGUCGUAAAAAGCUUAUAAUUGCACUGGAUGCAGCUUUUGGCAUGGAAUAUCUACAUUUGAAAGAUAUUGUUCAUUUUGAUUUGAAGUGCGACAAUUUGCUCGUGAAUUUGAGGGAUCCACAACGACCCAUAUGCAAGGUUGGAGAUUUUGGAUUGUCAAGAAUUAAACACAAUACGCUAGUGUCUGGUGGGGUGCGUGGAACCCUCCCAUGGAUGGCACCAGAAUUACUUGAUGGCAGCAGCAAUCGAGUCUCUGAGAAGGUCGAUGUGUACUCAUUUGGUAUUUCAAUGUGGGAGAUCUUGACUUGUGAGGAGCCAUAUGCCAACAUGCAUUGUGGUGCUAUCAUAGGUGGAAUUGUAAGCAACACACUUAGGCCUGCUAUACCAGAACGUUGUGAUCCAAAGUGGAGAAAUUUGAUGGAAGAAUGUUGGUCUUUCAACCCUGCAGCCAGGCCAUCAUUUACAGAGAUAACAAACAAGCUGCGAGCUAUGUCAGAGGCACUCCAAACGAAGCGACGUAAUCCCACAAAAACCUAAUUUCCUAUGUAAGUUGAAAAAGAAACACGCUAAUGUAAAUGUAAAGGUUAAGUAGGAAAAUGUUUGUAAAGUUAUAGCUAACGACGUUCUUGAGUAGCUUUAAUGCAAGCCAUGGCCAUAGAGAUAAAAACCUUGUAUAUCAAAAAUAUGAAUAUAAUCCGUAGUUCUUCUGUGCA